UGCGUUACCAUUUACUGUAAGAAUCAUUAAUAAAAUUCAGAUUUAAUUAUACAAUUAUUUAUCAGUUUAUCUUUUGUUUGUUUUGACUUAAUUUUGUAGAUGUGUAUUAUUCAUAGGCACAAAUUUUAUCAUCAUAUUGUUUUUGAACUUUUGCUGUUGUCUAAAAAUGCUAGAGUGCAUUUAUACUUUUCAGUGUUUUCUUUUUCGUUAUUUUGAACGGACAUUUGAUUAACUAGACAAGUUUCAUGCGUACAUUCUGUACUAUGAAAUCUAUCACGACACUGGCGACACCAUUAUCCCGCCAAAGCUGCUGAAGCCGCUUGGUGGGACGGGGGCGUUUGUGUGGGAUUCAAAGAUUUCGUUUUGGCGGGUGGCGACUAGCAAGUGGCCGCAGGUGCUGCGGAGGAGUCGUUUUCUCCAUUUGAUAUUCACCGGAUAAUGUCUAAAAUGGAGGGCCCAAGUAGUGCAAACAGGAAAAACAAGGACAAAGAAGAAGGUGAAGGUGAAGAAGAAGAGUAUUCUGUAGAGAAAGUCUUGGAUAGAAGAAUGCGUAAUGGUCGGGUUGAAUAUUUGUUGAAAUGGAAAGGAUAUUCUAAUGAUGAUAAUACUUGGGAGCCGGAGGAAAAUCUGGAUUGCCCAGAUUUAAUUUCAGAAUUUGAGGAAAAUAGAAAAAAGAAGGAAGCUGCUAAAAAAGAUGAGCGUAAACGUAAAUCUGGUGCUGCUGAAGAGAAGAAACCAGCUUCUAAAAAAAAACAUGUUGAAGAAGAUAAUAAACCUAGAGGGUUUGACAGAGGACUGGAGCCAGAAAAAAUUAUUGGUGCUACUGAUUCCAGUGGAGAGCUUAUGUUCCUGAUGAAAUGGAAAGGAACCGAUGAAGCAGAUCUUGUACCUGCACGCCAAGCAAACGUGCGUUGCCCACAAAUCGUUAUUCAGUUUUAUGAAGAGAGAUUAACGUGGCAUACAUCAAGUCAUGAUGAGGAGGAGUCGGGUGGAAAGGAGGGAAAUGAGUAAUUUUAAUCUCUGUGAAAAUAUUUUUGUAUUCAUUUUAGAUCAAUGGAGUUUAAGAAGAAAUGCACACCAUUUGGAGCUCGAAGAUUAAAGAAAAAUUCUUUGCCUUAUUUCAUUUCACUUAUUUUGGAGGACAAUUUUCACAUUGCUUCAUCUUAUGUGAAUGGCUAGAACUGUACCAUCUUCAAUGUUUCAGUGAAGCAAGCAGUGUUGCAAUGGUAAUUUCAUUUAAAUAAUUUUGUUCAAGGUAUUCAGAUGUUACCAUAUUUGCAAGUUUUGUGUCAGCUGCAAAUAUCUGUAUAAUGAUAUUGUAUAUGAAGCAUAUAUUUGUAACUAGACAAGGAUGCUAAUAUUUGCCAGGAAGUGUUUUAAAUUGUUGCCUUGAUUUUUUAAAAGAAAUAGACAAUGACUUAGCUUUUUAAGUGAAAAGUGGUAAUCUGUAGUAUAAUUGUUGCACUGUUACUUCCUUGUAACCAAGUGGAUGUGAAGUGUUAUGGAGCUCCUAAUGGGAAAAUUUACAAUCAUGUAAGUGCAUUUAAAAUAUAUUUGUAUGAGUA